AUGGGUCUGGCCGAAGAGUACGGCCGGGAGCGUGUCUUCAACACGCCCUUGACUGAGCAGGGUAUCGUCGGCUUCGGCAUUGGCAUGACAGCCCAGGGAAAGACGGCCAUUGCCGAAAUCCAAUUUGCAGACUACAUCUUCCCAGCCUUUGACCAAAUCGUGAAUGAGGCGGCAAAGUACAGGUACAGGAGCGGUGGCCAGCACAAGGCAGGUGGCCUGACGAUCAGGAGCCCAUGCAUGGGCGUCGGGCAUGGUGCGCUCUACCACAGCCAGUCGGUCGAGCAGUUCUUCAUGCCGGCUGCUGGACUCAAGGUCGUCAUUCCACGUUCGCCCAUCCAAGCUAAAGGUCUCCUGCUCGCUUCGAUUCGUGACCCCAACCCAGUCAUCUUCCUUGAGCCAAAGGUGCUCUACCGAUCCAGCGUGGAACACGUACCCGUGGACGACUACACGCUGCCGCUGUCGAGCGCCGAGGUGCUGCAACCAGGCAAGGACAUUACGCUCCUCUCCUGGGGCGCGCCCCUCUACUCGUGCGUAGAGGCGAUCAACAUGCUGCGCAGCCCUCCGACGGGGAUCCAGGAGCAUGUCCCCAAAGAUGCCAGGCAGGCCCAGGUCGAGCUCAUCGACUUGCGCACCAUCCUGCCCUGGGACCGUGAGACCGUGGCAAAAUCGGUCGCCAAGACGGGUCGCUGCGUCAUUGUUCACGAGGCGCCCGUCACGGCCGGCGCGGGUGCAGAGAUUGCGGCCCACCUGCAGAAGUCGUGCUUCCUGAAUCUCGAGGCGCCUGUUGCCAGGGUUGGUGGCCUGGACACGCCCUUCCCUCACGUUCACGAGACAUGGUACAAGCCCGGCCCGAUCCAGAUCAUGGACGCACUCGUCCGCACCUUGACCUACUAG